AUGACGAUCGGACUGCUGGCGCUAUUCGGCUGGAGUCUCUUCUCGCUCCAUUUCCUCGGCGUCAUCGCCACGUCGAUCAGCAGCUCCUUUCUUCUGUCAAUAUUCAUCCUCUACCAACUUGGGCAGUUGUGUGCUCAAUUUGUCAUUCUUGCCUUCACGCUGACGGUUCGGACGAGGUUACACCGCCGACUCGAAGACGUUUACAUCGGAAAAGCGCGCUGCUCGACAGGGUUCGGCUGUGAGCCGGUCAGCCGUUUCCAACACUCCGAGACGCUACUCAUCGUCUUCUUCUCGGUGUGCACGUUGGCACAGAUCGCGCUCCUGAUCGCCUCGUCGGUGCUGUGCGAGCGCAUCUCCUACAAGGAACUGCUGAAAGCACAAGCGCAACGAGAACGCGAAGAAGACGAGGAUGCCCUCUUUGCUGAUGAUGGCCACGAUACGGCGUUGAGUACGGCUAGAACU